CGCUGCGGGACGCGGGAGCCUCCGGAAUGUCGGCCAAGGCGCUCCCGAAGCGGAGUGGGCGGAAGGGCCGGAAGGAAAAACCGCGGGAUCCGCUCUCAUCCGACAUGAUCAGCGCGCCGCUGGGCGACUUCCGCCACACCAUCCACGUGGGCAGCGGYGGCGAGCGCGACUCCUUCGGAGACGUCUCCUUCCUGCAGGGAAAAUUCCACCUGCUCCCRGCGGGAGCCGGGCCCGGAGCCUUCCCGCUUCCCGGCCGGGAUGCGGAAAACACGUCGCCGCUCCUCAAAAACGCCGUCUCGCUGCCGGCGCUUCCCGCGGCGCCGCCGAAGCCACCGCGGCUGCUCCGGGAUGAGGAUCCCGGCGGCRGCGCGGCGGACGUGGGAACGCCGGGAACGCCGCGCGCCGGCUCCCUGCUCUCGCUCCAUGUCGACCUGGGGCCCUCCAUCCUCGAGGACGUGCUGCGCGUCAUGGAAAAGCACCGGGACGAGCGCCGCGAUGCCGGCCGGCAGGAAAUCCGGACGUGACUCCCGGAAAACGCUCCGGAAUGUAGGAUUGCAGGCGGCUUUUCCCUCUUUCUCGGCAGCRUUGCGGUUGGUUUCCUUCCCCGGAGCACCUUUUCCAGCCGCUGUUUUCCCUCCG